AUGGCGUCCGCCGAGUUGGCGACUGGAAGAGCCAAGAAGCUGAUUGAACGCUUCAAGAACACCAUUGAGGGGAAGUGUGUCAUCGGCAACAAUCAGGAUGCCACUCACUUUCUGGAGGCCACUGACAUCCUAUGCCGAUGCAAAACGCCGGUCUUCUACGUGGAGUCGAUCAUUUCUAGCGCGAAAGGAAUCGAGACUCUGGGCAGCGUUGUUCGCAGUGACCUGUCCGAAGACUUCAUCUCAUCCGUUAUGACCACGCUACUGAAACAUCUUUCGAGCUCCGCGGUAAAAGCUAUCAACAGCGGGCAGUUUCUUCGACGAAUAUUGAUUGCGGUUCUGUGCCCCCCCACCUUCUGGUCAGCUGCUUUCCAAUACUACCAGAGUCCUGGCUUUGGUGUGGGUGCAAGUGAGACCUUUGCUUGGCUAUGCUUGGAGAUUGUUUCAAUGAAGACGCCCGACCUCAACACGCAGUAUAGCGACAUUACGGCCUUGAUGGAUAAAAAGUCUCUUAUCAAAGCAUCUUCGCAUCCGGUCAGGCAACUAGCAUAUAGAAUCGAAAAGAUCCUCAAAUUGCACUCGAUUGCGGACGUUGUAAACACUGGCCAUAGCCCUGGCGGCCGUCACGACAAUGACUUCCUGGAUUUCCGCGCAAUCUCCAUCUAUCCGACUGCAGAUGAAGUUCUUUCUGUGGCUGAACCAUUUCUGCAACAGUCGGACGAUGUGUUUGAUAGUCCACGCGAGUCUCGGGCAGCAACGUACCUCUCAUGGCUGUUUCGCCUGCUGAGAGAAGACAUGCUUGCAGAUAUGAGAGAAUAUCUGGCCGUCGCAUGGGGUCAAAAGAAAGGACGACGCAUACCCUUGCAACUUGGUGGAUUGCGCCUUGCAGGAUUCAAUAAUGUUAGCGACAAGCACGUUGAUCCCCUGGCCCUGAGGUUGCAAUGUGAGGUUGGGAUCGUAUUCCCUCCCUCAUGCAGCAAAGAAAACCGCAAGGAUUUCCUGGAGAGCUCCAAAUCGUUCAUGAAACACAACUCCAUGGGUGCACUGUGCCGUAACAAUGAGAUCAUCGCUUUCGGCUGUCUAAUUCGAGACGUCGAUUUGCUGCUCAAAAAGCCUCCCAUUGUCGUCAUCAGGUUCAUCAACGCGGAUGCAUUGAAGAAGUCAGUGGAAGCACUGCUACAUAACUCGAGAGGUGAACUCCAAUUUUAUGUAGUCGAUACGGCUACCUUUGCCUAUGAGCCUAUACUGCAGCGGUUAAAGGACAUUCACGAGCUUCCGCUUGAGGACAUGAUACUGGAGCCGAAAUCGGCUACAAGCCGAUAUCAGCCACCACCGAACGUGUCGUUAUUAUUGGGGCAACUCCGAGCAGCACUUGAAAAGGCAGAAGAAGUCGACCUAUCCCCCGUUAUGGAAAUCAGCGGGUCUAUACGUAUAUCCGGUGCGCAGCUGGAAUCUCUGAUCAACGGCCUGGAAAACUGUGUUGGCCAGAUACAAGGUCCGCCAGGUACGGGGAAGUCAUUUAUUGGUGCUCUGAUAUCAAGAAUCAUGCUCAGGCUUACCAACUAUCGGAUUUUGGUGCUGAGCUAUACAAACCAUGCGCUAGACCAGUUUCUUGAGGACCUACAAGACUUCGGGGUACCGGAAGGCGACAUGGUACGGAUUGGUGCCAAAUCAACAAGAAGGACUGAAUCUCUUCGACUUCAAAAUCUCUUCAAAAUGCCCAUGUUCCGGUUCUCUCGGGCAAUUGACACCACAAUCCGACAAUAUAAAUCAGAGCUCUCCAAUAUUAACGACAAGCUCGCUGAUGUAGGAGCAAAACUCGCAGCCGCCUGCGUUGCUGCAGAUGAUAUACUUACUAUGUUGGAGUUUUCUGAAGAUUGGACAUCUUUUUGGGCCGCAUUUCAAGUUCCAAAACUGGAUGAUGGCUUUGAGAUAUUCGGCAAAAAUAACAAACCAAUGCAAGCAAAUGAGCUUCUAGAGCUUUGGUUACGGGGCAAAAAUUCGGGCACUCUCGACGCUGUGCUAGCUUCCAUGGAUCCAAAGCUUCGCCCGCUUUGGAAGCUUCCCAGGAAUUUGCGAGAGGGGCUUUUCGAUCAGUGGUGCUCCAAAGUUCGCCAUGACCAGACGCAGGAGUUUGUUGACCUUGCAGAAAUGUCGAACAAUAUUCAGCGAGAGAUUGACAGUCUGUACAACGAAUCCAAGCGAAAAGUGCUCCAGAGUAAACGGGUCAUUGCUUGUACCACAACCGCGGCUGCCAUGUACCAUUCUAUCAUCGAAUCAGCACAGCCCGACAUGGUCUUGGUCGAAGAAGCAGGGGAGAUAUUAGAAGCACACAUCAUUACUGCGCUCAGCUCAUCCGUCAAGCAGCUCGUGCUCAUUGGCGACCAUAAGCAGCUGCGCCCCAAAGUUAUGAACUACAGUCUCACAGUCGAAAAGGGCGAAGGAUUCAACCUCAACAUGUCCCUAUUUGAGAGGCUAAUACACCAAGGCCACUCUUACACCACACUUCAGGAGCAGCAUCGCAGCCAUCCCAAGAUUUCCCACUUUGUUCGCCGCUUGGCUUAUGAACAUCUUGAAGAUCAUCCAAAAACCCUAGAGCGCGACACAAUCAGGGGUCUGAAGGGGAGAGUUAUUUUUGUUCACCAUGAGCACCAAGAGGAGACUCUUGCGGAUGUGGUCGACCUGGUCCGGUAUCUCAGCCAGCAAGGAUACAAGUCAAAGGACAUGGUAGUCCUUACGCCGUACAUGGGUCAGCUAUCAUUGUUGAGAAAGAAACUCAGUCGUGAUCAUGAUCCCUGGCUAAGUGAUAUGGACUCAUACGAAUUGGCUCGUGCCGGCCUCAUGACAGAAGCCGCUGCCAAAUUGAACAAACAGCAGCUUCGGCUGUCCACCAUUGACAAUUACCAAGGGGAGGAGAGCGACAUCGUCAUCGCGUCUUUAACCAGAAGCAAUGCAUCUGGAGAUAUCGGGUUCAUGUGCGCACCCGAGCGGCUGGUGGUCCUCAUGUCCCGAGCGAAAAGCUGCAUCGUGCUUUUUGGCAAUAUGCACACAUUUAUAAAGAGCAAAAAGGGCGGCGAAUUAUGGCAAGGCUUCUUUCAGGCCUUGAGUGAGCAGGACUGCCUAUUUGAUGGUGUUCCUGUAUACUGCGAGCGACACCCAGGUCGAGAGGCACUCCUGAAAUCGGCAGAGGAUUUCCAUCGGAAUUGUCCCGAUGGGGGGUGUGCAGAGCCGUGGGGUCACAAGUUGAACAUCGUCUGCUCAUCAAAAAUGCUGGGCUGCAAGUCAUGCGCUCGCGAGGACGAGGAAACUCGCCGGCGUGCUGCAAAAGACUUGGAAUUAGAGGCCUUGAGACAAGAAAAACAAGAAGCAUAUGCUAGUGAGCUUCAAAAAAUUGAUGACGAGAUUGACCACUACGAGCGCGUCCUGACUUACAAGAAAGAAGAAGAGGCACAACAGGCUCAGCUGAAAAGAAAGGAGGCCAAGCUCAAUCACUUAAAGAAAGCCAAAGAAAGGCGAGACGCAAUUGAAAGACCCCGCAGGGAAAAGGACGUCAAGACAGGGCCUGGGGCAGAAAGCAGAAAGAGCUCCGCGCCCAAAUUCGAGAGCAAAGCACAACAAGAGUGGGAAAUGAUGAAGGAUCUCGGUGAGCCUGGUAACAAGGCACUCGACAACCUCAUGGGGCUUAUAGGCCUCGAGGCAAUCAAGGAAGAGUUCUUGGCUGUUAAGUCCAACAUUGAUACUAAAAUCCGGCAAGGGCUACCGUUAUCAGAAGAGAGGCUGAGCUGCUCAUUAUUGGGCAAUCCGGGAACAGGCAAAACAACGGUCGCUCGUUUGUGGGCAGAAUUCCUUGCAAGUACAGGCGCUCUCCCUGGCAAUGGCUUCACGGAAACCUCUGGGUCAAAGCUGGCCAAUAUAGGCGUCUCUGGAUGCGAACAGCUUCUACAGAGCCUCAAGGAUGACGGCGGGGGUGUGUUGUUCAUCGACGAAGCUUACCAGUUGUCUUCGGGCAAUAGUCCUGGGGGCAAGGUCGUAUUAGACUAUCUACUUGCCGAGGUAGAGAACCUCCGCGGAAAAGUAUCGUUCGUCAUUGCUGGCUAUAACAAGCAGAUGGAAACAUUUUUUGCCCACAAUCCUGGGUUUCCCAGCCGGUUCCCGGUCCAAAUGAGGUUUCUUGACUAUUCAGACGGCGAGUUACUCCAAAUUCUCCAACGCCAAGUCGACCGCAAAUACAACGGCAACAUGGCUGUUGAAGACGGGCCUGAUGGCCUGUACUUUCGAAUAGCUUCUCGGCGACUUGGUCGGGGUCGAGACAGGGAGGGAUUUGGUAAUGCUCGUGCUGUAGAGAAUGCCGUGGCACAAAUGGAGAAGAGGCAAUCAAGAAGGCUUCGGAAAGAACGCCGGGCCGGUUCCAAACCAGACGAUUACCUUUUCACCAAGGAAGACAUUAUAGGUCCGGAGCCGUCUGCAACGUUGGCCAACUGCCAGGCAUGGCAGAGACUGAACGAGAUGAUUGGCCUCGCUGAAGUCAAGCAGGAGGUCAGGAUUCUGCUAGACUCACUCACGACAAAUUAUCAAAGAGAGCUUGCUGAAGAACCCCUCAUGUCCUUCUCCCUCAAUCGGGUUUUCGUCGGCUCGCCUGGAACUGGGAAGACAACCGUCGCCAAGCUGUACGGCCAGAUACUAGCGUCCUUGGGCAUGUUGUCGGACGGUGAGGUAGUUGCGAAGACGCCGGCCGACUUUAUCGGGUCAGUGCUGGGACAGUCCGAGGCACAAACCAAGGGUAUACUGGCGUCUACAAUAGGCAAAGUCCUUGUCAUUGAUGAGGCAUACGGACUUCAAGGUGCCGGGGGCACCGAGGGCUCGCAUUCAGCCGACCCAUAUAGGACUGCUGUCGUGGACACCAUUGUGGCCGAAGUUCAAAACGUGCCAGGCGAAGACAGGUGUGUUAUUCUUCUGGGUUACAAGGAACAAAUGGAAGAGAUGUUCCAAAAUGUCAACCCAGGCCUUGGUCGUCGCUUCGCCAUCGACUCGCCGUUCGUGUUCCACGACUUCGAUGAUGAAGCCCUCUCAAGAAUCCUAGACUUGAAGCUCAGAGACGGCGGAUUCAGGGCCACCAGCCAAGCCAAGAAAGUUGCGCUAGACAUUCUUGCUCGGGAGCGUAACCGCCCAAACUUUGGCAACGCCGGUGCCAUAGACAAUCUAUUGAGUAAAGCAAAAGCCGGUUACCAGAAGCGAACGUCUGCUGGAACAGCCGAAAGGAGCCAGCUGGAGUCCAUCGAUUUUGACGACGACUUCGACCGCAGGAGCGCAACUGACGUAGAGAAACUCUUUGCCGGGGACAUCGGACGCGAAAAGGUCGUUUCGCUCCUCAAGAAUAUCCAGGACAGAGUAAGGCAACUCAAGACCCUGGGAAUGGACAUCAACGAAGAAAUCCCGUUCAACUUUUUAUUCCGGGGGCCCCCAGGCACAGGAAAGACGAUGACGGCAAGAAAGUUCGGAAAGCUAUACUACGACAUGGGAUUCCUCAGCAAGGCGCAGGUGGUGGAGUGCUCAGCAACAGACCUCGUCGGCCAGUACGUGGGUCAGACCGGACCAAAGGUCCAGAAGGUUUUGAACAAUGCACUUGGGGAGGUCCUCUUCAUUGACGAGGCCUACCGACUUGCAGGACCGGGUUUCGCAAAGGAGGCUGUUGACGAGCUUGUGGACUCGGUCACAAAAGAGAAGUACAAAGGCAAGCUCAUCAUCAUCCUGGCAGGCUACGUCAAGGACAUCAAUAAUCUUUUGGCGGUAAACCCUGGGAUGACCAGCCGGUUUCCUGAGACGAUAGACUUUGAACCGCUGAGCGCCGAGGACUGCCUCAAGCUGCUCACGAGUUCGCUAGUCAAGAGGAAGGUUGAACUUGAGGGAAAGGGAAAGGUGCUAGACUUGUCUUGCUUGCAAUGUCCGUCCGACACGUUUGAAAGGGACAUUCUGGACCUGAUCCGAUCACUCACACGGGUCGAGGGAUGGGCCAGCGCGAGGGACGUAAAGCAGCUUGCCAAGGGCAUCUUUCGCAGUGUCGAUCUUUCUCUAGAGACACUGAAAGUCGGAGAGGAUCAUGUCGAAUACGAGCUUAGUAAGAUGCUCCGAGAACGGUCGCAGAUGGAACAAGAUUCUACAAUGGCAGACCAGAGCUUGGCCACGGCGAGCCCGCAACUGCGCAAUGGCCCACGGCCGCCCUCAACUUGCAAGGGUAACAUGUCUAUCGAAUCGCAGCAAGAAGAAGAAGAAGAAGAAGCCCAUGAGAGCCAGCCAGAUGACGUGGCUAUUGUUGAGCCUGACCCCGAAAUACUGGCUACCGAUCGUCUCGGGACUCGGGAUGCCGGCGUAAGUGACGAGGUUUGGGAACAGCUUCAACAAGAUUGGGCCGAGGGACAGCGCCGAGAAAAAGAGCACCGCGAGUUGAAGGCGGCGCAAAAGUCCGCCAGAGAUGCAGACCGGGAGCGUAUCGUGCGACAGCUACUAGAAGAGGAGAAGCGUCGGAAAGCAGAGGCAGCCAGGAAGGCGAAAUUGAUGGCUGCGGGAACAUGCCCCGUUGGCUAUCACUGGAUCAGACAAAGCAGGGGUUACAGAUGCGCCGGGGGCUCCCAUUUCAUGUCCGACGCGGAUGUCGAUGCGCUUUGA